ACCAUAUAUCGUUACUUUCCUAUUUUUCUUGUCUUCUUCGCCUCUUCCCCGUCUCCCAACUCCUUCCUCUCUCUUCUUCCUCCCCUCACUCCCCAGCCCUCCUCACCAUGGCGUUCAAAGAUGGUGAGCUCUCCGUUGAGGAGAGUCCUGUCUCACCACAUCGCCUAACCAUCGCCGCUGGCUCGACGUCCCAGGAUCAGGCAGAUAUGGCAGGAGUUGGCAAGAAGCAGCGCUUUACCAGAAACUUUGGCUUUAUCUCUAUGCUCGGCUUCACCACCACCAUGAUGUGCUCGUGGGAGGCCGUCUUUUUCUCCAACAGCACUGCCAUGUCUAAUGGGGGUUCCGUCACCUUGGUCUACGGCUUUAUCUUUUGCUUUUUUGGCUCCCUUGCUACCGCCGCAUCUCUGGCAGAGAUGGUCUCGAUGUUCCCGACAUCUGGAGGGCAGUAUCACUUUGUGGCUAUGCUGGCGCCUAAGAAGUACUCGGUGUUUCUGAGCUGGAUCACAGGAUGGGUGUCGACAAUCGGUUGGAACGCAAACAGCGCUGCCGGAGUCUUCUUUGGCGCAACGAUGAUUCAGGGACUCCUGGUUCUUAAUGAUUCAAACUACGGGGCCCCACGGUGGCAGGGAACCCUCAUCAUGUGGGCAGCACUCUUGCUCGUCCUGAUUGUGAACACUGUCGGCGCAAAGAUAUUGCCGAAGAUUGAAGGAUUCAUCCUCAUCAUCCACACUUUGGGCUUCUUCGCUGUCCUGAUUCCCCUUGUCUACCUUGCCCCCCAUGGCUCGGCUGCGGAUGUCUUCAAGAAUUUCAUCGAUGCGGGAGAUACGUCUGGAUACUCGUCUGGUGGACUAGCCUUCUUCGUUGGCAUAAUCAGUACCAAUCUUCCGUUUAUCGGUUACGACGGACCAAUCCACAUGGCGGAAGAAGUCGUGAAUGCUUCGACAAUUGUUCCAUGGUCCAUGAUCUGCACCAUCCUGCUCAAUGGAACUCUGGGCUUGGCUAUGGUGAUCGCCUUCUGUUUCUGCCUUGGCGAUCUCGAGACCGCUCUCACCUCACCCACCGGAUACGAUUUCAUCGAGGUCUUCUAUAAUGCCACCAACAGCACUGGUGGAACAUCUGCCAUGACGGCGCCCCUAAUCACUCUUGUGAUCUGCGCCACAUUCGGCUUCCUGGCCUCUUCUUCUCGUCAAACCUGGGCCUUUGCUCGUGAUCAAGGCCUGCCGUUCUCAAAUUUCCUGUCUCAUGUGAACACGCGCACCGCCCUGCCUCUUAACGCCGUCAUCUUCUGCGCCACUGUCACGGCCAUCAUCUGCAUCAUCAACAUCGCAUCAACCGUCGCAUUCAACGCCAUCGUGUCCCUCACCAUCGCCGGCCUAUACACCUCCUACUUCAUCCCGAUCACUCUCCUCGCCAUCAAGCGUUCCCGGGAGCCAUCCUCCAUCGUCUGGGGUCCCUGGACCCUUGGACCCGCAGGCCUCAUCAUCAACAUCCUCUCCAUGUGCUUCCUCAUUAUCUCCAUCGUCUUCUCCUUCUUCCCGCCCGUCGUGCCCGUCACGCUCAUCUCCAUGAACUGGUCCGCGCUCGUCUUCGGCGGCGGCGUUAUAAUCGGCCUCGUCUUCUACGCCAUCUGGGGGAGGAAGAAUUACCACGGCCCUAUCUUCGAGAGGGGGGUCAUGCCGACGGAUCAGUAUGGCCAGUAAUAAAACAGUGCUCCUUGCCGCUUUUGUUUUUGAGGCGGAACAGUCCCCCCGCUGCGCUUUGAAGGAUUGAAAAAUGACUGACCUCGCGAAAUGGCGAUGGAUGUGCAAAAGUCUAUAUAUAUGAGCAUUGACGGAUCAGAUAUAUGACAUUAUGUACAGUAGAAUAAUGCGAAAACUAUAGAGUUUUGUAUAAGGUAAACAACGAUGA